CGGCGGUGACCGCGUCCGCAACCCGGGCCGCGGAGGGGCCGGCGGGGCUCCUUGCUGCAGAGCCAGAUGUGCGGGACGCGAGGCUGCGAGGGGUCGGCGGGGAGGUGCUGGGGGCUGCCGCCGCCGCUGCUGCCGCGGCCUGGGGGGAGCCCUUAGCUGUGCGGGAAGCGGGGAAGCCGUGUCGGGAGCUGUUAUUUUCUUCUCCUCCUUCCUUUGCCUUCCCUCUUGUCCCUCCUCCCCCUCCUCACCAAAACCGGGAGAGGAGGCGUGUUCGGUGCCUUGCUGCACCGGUUUUGCUUGGUUUGUUGUUGCAGGGUUUGGUUCGCGGGGUGGCUGGCUUUUUUCUUUUUUUCUCUUUUCUCUUCCAACCUCCCCGCCUUCUCCCUUCCUCUCCUUUGGCCCAUCGCAUGCUCGGAUCCGGCUGGAUCCUUCCUUUUAUUUUCGGCGGUGCCUCUCGGAAGGGGGAAGGGAGAGCUGGGAUGAGUGCAGCUUGACGCACAGGCGAGGAGCGGGGGGGCACCGGCGGCAGCUGCAGCGGUUCGUGGCCGCAGGGUGCGGGUGAGGAGCGGAGAGAGCGAGGGGCUCCCUCGGUGCCUCCCCCUUUCUUCGCCCCGUCCUUCCUCCCCUCCUCCCUCUCUCCCUCCCCCAUCCGUCUCCUGCCGGGUCCGGCUGGGAACGUGUGUGCAAUAUCCUACGCUGCAAGGUGUGUGUGUGUGCGCGGAGCAGAGGGAGGGAAGGACUCGCGAGGGAGCCGGGGCUGCCCCGGCCCGCCCUAUGUGAGCCUCCCCGGGCGGCUGCAUGGCGAUAGACCGACGCCGUGAGGCGGGCGGCGGGGGCCGGCCGCUGCCGGAGGAGAACGGCUCGGUGCCGGGGGCCGUGGGGGGGGGCGCCGCCGCCCCCCCGGGGCCGCCCCCCGCCAACGCCGCCGGGGCCGAGAUCCAGGCGGUGCCGGUGCCGCCGCCCGCCGCCCCCUGCAGCCCGCUGCUCCUCGACUAUGACGGCUCGGUGCUACCCUUCCUCGGGGGGCUGGGCGGCCGCUACCAGCGGACCCUGGUGCUGCUCACCUGGAUCCCAGCGCUCGUCAUCGGCUUCAGCAAGUUCUCGGACUCCUUCCUCCUGGACCAGCCCGACUUCUGGUGCCGGGAGGCGGACGGGCAGGGCAACUGGAGCGGGACCUUGGCGCCGAUCCAUGCCAACCACAGCGGCAACGGGAGCAUCUUCCCCCCGCCAGGGCUGCCCACCCCCGCGGGGGGCAACGCCAGCGAGUGCGACUGCCGCGAGUGGCACUACAGCAUCAGAGCCGGCCUCGUCCAAAACGUCGUGAGCAAGUGGGAUCUUAUUUGUGAUUCUGCCUGGAAAGUCCACAUUGCUAAGUUCUCCCUGCUUGUAGGAUUAAUCUUUGGCCACUUGAUAACAGGAUGUAUAGCUGACUGGGUUGGUCGACGGCCUGUACUACUCUUCUCUGUCAUAUUCAUUUUGAUAUUUGGACUGACUGUGGCACUCUCAGUGAAUGUGACCAUGUUCAGCACACUCAGGUUUUUCGAGGGAUUUUGCCUGGCUGGAAUAGUCCUCUCCCUGUAUGCACUGCGGAUAGAACUCUGUCCUCCCGGGCACCGGUUCAUGAUCACCAUGGUGGCGAGCUUCAUCGAGAUGGCAGGGCAGUUCCUCAUGCCAGGGCUGGCUGCCCUCUGCAGGGACUGGCAGGUCCUCCAGGCUGUUAUCAUCUGCCCCUUCCUGCUGAUGCUCUUUUACUGGGUUAUUUUCCCAGAGUCUCUUCGGUGGUUGAUGGCUACACAACAGUUUGAGGCAUCCAAGGAACUGAUCCUUCAGUUCACUCACAAGAACAGGAUGAGCACAGAAAGCGACAUCAAAGGAGUGGUGCCCGGUGAGUUGGACAGAGAGCUGCAAAUCCCUCAGCUCUUCUCUAAAGGGCAUAGGAUGGACGAAUCAGUGCAUAGGAUGGACGAUGAUGUGGGAAUGAAGCUGUUGUCUGUUCCUCAUUUGUUGCAGAAUUUGGAAGAGCUGGAAAAGGAAAUCACCAGGAGACCAAAGAAAGUCUGCAUUGUUAAAGUGGUGGGAACAAGGAACCUGUGGAAAAACAUCGUAGUGUUGUGUGUGAACUCGCUGACUGGUUAUGGCAUACACCACUGUUUUGCAAAAAGUAUGAUGGGGCACGAAGCGAAGAUGGCGAUUACCCACAACUUCUAUGCGGACUACUACACCAUGGCUGGGAUUGCCCUGGCAUCCUGCCUGGCCAUGUGCCCUGUGGUCGGGUUUCUGGGGAGGAGAGGAGGACUCCUGCUCUUCAUGAUACUCACAGCUCUGGCAUCACUUCUGCAGCUGGGCCUUCUCAACUUGAUUGGAAAAUACAGUCAACUUCCAGACUCAGGUAUGAGUGACAGCGUCAAAGACAAAUUCUCUGUUGCAUUUUCCAUCGUGGGUAUGUUUUCUUCGCAUGCUGUUGGAAGCCUCAGCGUGUUCUUCUGUGCUGAAAUCACACCCACAGUAAUCAGGGGAGGCGGGCUGGGGCUGGUCCUGGCUAGCGCAGGCUUUGGCCGCCUGACUGCCCCCAUCAUGGAGCUCCACAACCAGAAAGGUUACUUCCUCCACCACGUCAUCUUCGCCUGCUGCACACUCAUCUGCAUCAUCUGCAUCCUGCUGCUGCCCGAGAGCAAGAACCAGAACCUGCCUGAGAACAUCCAGGAUGGGGAACAUUACACCCGGCAGCCCCUCCUGCCACACAAGAAGGGGGAGCAGCCGCUGCUCCUGACAAACUCUGAACUCAAGGAUUACUCUGGCCUCCAUGACUCAGCAGCUGUGAGCGACGGGAUCUCGGAGAACACCACUGCCAACGGGAUGAAGUCGAUGUAACUGGGUGGAUUUUUUCCGUCUCCCUUUUUCUUUUUUUUUAAUUAUUUUAUUUCCCCUUCUUAUAUUUCUUCUCUUCCUUUUGUAUUUUAUUUGAUGCUGUUGUGCGGGAGGAGUAGCACUUUGGGCAAAGGUGUUUUGCACAAACUUUACAAACCAGUGAUGGAGCAGACACAAACUUAGAGGAAUUCAACUCUGCUACUAAAGCAAAUUUUGACAUCUUCAACAGUUGCGCAGAUUACUCUUGAAAAGUUUUGGGGGAAAAGACUCAUUUGAGAAAAGACCUGGCUGGCGGUAGCCCUUCAGAACUCUUUUUUUUUUCCUGCCAUUAAAUAUGUAUAUUUAUUUUGAUUUAUUCUCAAGAAGCACUUUAUUUCCUUUUCCUUUCAUAGAUCACAAAAAUGAAGCCAUCUUAUAUGAGGUGCAGCCAUUCCAAGAAAGAAACCUUGGGGGAGGGGGAGUGUUGUUUUCUGUUUUGUUUUUGUGUUUCUUUAAAGGAAAGAGGGAUUCACUGCAAAGUUGAAUUGACUUAGACUUGUGCAACAUUCUUCUGCCUGUCUAGAAAGUCCAAGUGCCCAGAUUGCCUGCUGUGUUUGUAUACACUAAAAAAAAAGGAAGAAAAAGCAAAGCAAAACCUGCUGUGACUCAAACUCUGACUGCAUUUUAGGCAGCUUAUGUUUGUCUUUAUAGCCCAUGUGCACUUAAAAGUUGCUUUCUAAAUUAGUCCUUUUUUUGUUUUCACUGAAUGCAUUGGAGAAAAUCCUACCCAAAUAAGCUGAUUUUUCAAUGAGAAUCAGCUUUCUGCAUUUUUAAGAGUAUAUUAAUCUAUUUUAGGUGGUUGCCACUGGUCCUCAAUAGUAAUGUAUAUGAUGCAAAUGAUUUGACUAAUGAUGCAAAAAUGAGUUUUGCUUCAAAUGGCUAUAAUAAUCAGGAGGUCCAAGACCUCUGACUGCUCCUGAAAAAAAGCAGAGACCAGCAGUGAUAAAUAGUAAGGAGCAUGGGCAAUGAUCUAUACCUGUAUUCCAAAAGGCAGCAUAGCCGGGAUUUCUGCUCCUGGGAAAUGAGUGUCCUGGUAUUGUUUUAAGUGUUUUUAGAACCAGGGUUUGGGUUUUUAAGUGGAAAAACUGCUUGAAAAAAUGUAGGAAAGGAAUUAAUUGAUAGCCUGUGAAUAAUGACUUACUGAGCUUUCUUGGGCUCUUAGACAUAUGUUCUGGUUCUGAACCAAGAAUAUACAAUGAAUUCACCCUUAUUUCCCCACUUUCCCAACUGCUCUUGUAAGAUUUAAGUUCAGGAAAAAAAUUUACUUAAAUUGGAUUAAUUCUACACAAAGUGAACAUCCAGUUUACCUCCUACUGUGCAGAUGGCACUUUGAUAGUGGCCACUUGACUUCUCUCUUUCAGCCCCCAAGCCCACUAUUUCCUUUGGCCAUUGGCUUUUGGUUCUCACUCAAGAGAAUAUUGUGAGGAUCUAGUUCAAUGCCAGGACUUUGUAAACAGCUUUCUUGCAUUGUAGUAAACCCUACCUUUUCUCCCUCCCUCUUCCCCUUUCUCACUCAGGCCAUCCAUUUGUGAUUGCUCGGUAGUGCAGACGUUCAAACAGAGCAGCAGGAUGUCAAUGUUGUACUGAGUGUCCGUAUGAUUGCCACUUUGUUUGAUGUACAUCUUGCGUUCACAUGCAGGGGAAGUGAUCAUUUGCACUUUCCUCCCCUACCUUCCCUCCCCCUUCCUCCCUUGCUGUAUAUAUUGUCAAUUAACUACUGUACCUAACAAUUUCCAAUCUCCAUUAGGCUGCCAAUGUCCUCUUACAGGCCCCAAUAAAUCAGAGAUCCGUGCUCCCCGGCAGGCCAUGCAGUAAAGUAGCACAGCCUCAGAUGCUGAUGGAUGCAAGGGGACAGGUAGACCUACAGAAGCAACAGAGGUGGUCGUGUUCAGAGUAACAAUGUUAUCCUAAAGCUGCUGAUUUUUACAGAGGAUGAUGUGGACAUUUGGGUUCUUCUUGAGCCUGGUAAGAAACACUGGACCAGUUGAUGGUAGUUUCGCCCAGAGUUACACUACUGUUUUGUUUCACCUUUGCUAGAGUUGCUGUGACAGCAAGAGCCUGAUCUUCCUUACACUCGAGUUUUAUUGUCAGGCUUGAGUGCGGCUGCUUCUUUUUGUUCUGUGCCGAGAGGUUUGCAGUCUGUGCUCACCUGAGGAAAGACCCAGGCCUUCCCCACCCAUGCAGUAUUUGCGCGCCAAAUUUGUGCAACACCUUUUGCCUUUGAUGCAAGAUCCUUGUGGCAAGCCAUGCUCAUUCGUGGACGAAAGAAAUGGGUUCACAUCAAAAAGCUGAAGAAGCAAAACAAGACUUCAGGGAAGAGAAAAAGGGCCUGAGAGAGGAGGAGGUGCGAGCAUAGAGGCUGAAAGCAGCAUCCUGCCACCCAUCGUGCCGUGGAGCCAGUGGCUCCUUCCUUCGUGGUCUUCUUCGUGGCCCGUGUGCUCAAGCUGUGGUACAGCUCUUGUAGACCAUCCACAAGCCUCUAAACCUGGCUGCUUCCAGCACUGUCAGUGGUCCUGGUGAGCUCACUGCUGUUGUCCACAGCACUUUAUCGUUUCCUAUUCUGGUGGUUGCUCUCCAAUGACAGGCACAGAGAAAAGAAUACUUGUUUAAACAUAUCAACAUUUAGACAGUAAAUACACUAGGUGACAGGAACAUGCAGCAACUUUUUUUUAAAGAAAAAAAUCUUGUGAAGUUGAUUUGAUUUGCUGCUUUCUUGGUUUUUUGCUUGAAACCAGGUAGUCGGUACUGAUCUGCAAUGAAGGGAGCCCCAGUUUCUCUAGUUGGUCUGGCCCUCUGCCACUGUCACGACAAUAAAGCAAAAACUAAUUUCCUGCCUUGGCAGUUCCAGUUUUGCUCCUUUUCCUGAAAACAUGAAAACUUCUGUGAUGAUUAUGCUCUUCCACACAUGCUCACAGAGUUGGAAAGCUUUCACUAAACCUACCUUGUGUGGAGGAGCCAGGUACCAGGUGAUGCAGCAGGGCAGGAAGGAAGUGUAGGGAUGCUUGCCCUGCCUCGUCUAGUGGUUCUGUGCUGGAGUCCCAGCCUGCUGCACCAUUGGUGCCUCAGCUAUGUCUCCUCUGCAGCCAUCACUAGGAAAGGUUUUUCUCAGGCGGCUCUUUCUGGCCAUCACAACAGGGGAAGCAGUCCAAGCUGUCUUGUCCAUUUUUGGCCUUUUUCUGUGAAUCUUCAGUAACCUCUAAGCCCAUCAGUAGAUUUUUCUUUGGGUUUACCAUUUAAGGGCUUUCUCCAUCUUUAUAAGUUCAAACAAAAAUGUGAAGUGACAUUAUGCUUGAUCUUGGGGGUCUUGUCCCCCUUUUAAGAUUUCAGUACUGCUUUUGUUGCCAGACACACUGCAAACAGGUAACACCUGUUUGCAAGUGUUUUGUGGCCGCUCUGAAAGGGGGUUGUGUGAUUUACUUUUAGAUUUCACUGAGCAGGCUUUUUUUGUUGUCGUUCUUUUUAGUGGAAGUAUUUUACUUAACUGUUGCCACUUCCUGGAGCCAAACACUUUAUUGGUCACCAAAUUGGAAGCAGAAGUGCCAUUAACUGAACUCUGUGAAUGUCAAGUCAAGUUGCGCCUGUAGCUGGCACAUAAGACAACACUAUUGAGUGUGGGGGGGAUGAUCUCCCCCACUGUACCUUUUUUUUAUUUUGUUUUUUAAGAAGAAAAUGAAAUUACAAACCUCAUUUUAAAUGUAUUGUGUAAAAUGUUUUGGGAAAGGAGUAUGGUGUGUUUUGUCUAGUGGGCGAGAUCUCCCUCCCCAUUUCAGUUUCUGAUGAAGUUUUAAAGAAUCGUGUUACUGUAUGUUUUGAUCAUGAAUAGUCUGGUGGUGCUUCCUCAUAGCACAAGCUUAAAUCAAGUACUGAAAACAGUCUUACAAGCUAAAUGUCUGCAUGAUGUUACAUCUGUUGUACCUACUGAGAAGAACUUUGUAUGUAAAUGUACAGAAUAAAAUGACGUUGUCCCAUCA